UCACGUUAGAUAUAGCGCUAGAUUUUGUGAAAGAGCCCACGGUUAUUUGUUUGUUUUGUUUCUUAUUUUUUAUUUUUACCUCCCACUGAUGAGUGAGGUUUGGCAGUCAGUAUUUUUGUCUUUUAUUUCUUUUCAAAAUUCGUCAUCAGCAACGAAAGAAAAAAAAAACGAGUUUAAUGGUGCGUUGUAUCACUAGCGGUUUUUUUUUUUUUGGUUCUCAUUUUCUUAUUUCUCACCGGUGUUUUGGCUCCAUUAACGUCAUUGACGUCAAAUGUCCCGGAAUAACACCGGACCCGAUUGCCGUUCCCCACCUUUUUUUUUUUUUUUUCCUUUACUGCUACGUUUUCACAAAUCAGGAUGCGGAAUUGAGAAACCGAUGUAUGUCCUAACUGGUGAAAGGGCAUGUAGGUUUUGAGAGCGCCAAGCAGCAGAUGGAAGUUGAUAUCUAUAAAUAGAAGUCGGCUUUGGAGCCAGCCAACGGGACUAAGUUAGAGUAGGACAGGAAACAUCCUGGCGGAUGCCGGUUGUGUGUACAUUGCAGCGCGUGGAAGGCAAGACGGUUUCUUGACACAGUUCUUCUUUUUACAUCCAACGUGCCCUUCUAUUUUUACGGGGGGCGAAAUAUUUGAGGAGGAAUCACUUGAGACGUCCAACAUUUGCGGCCACGGUCAUCUUGAUGAAGUCCGAAUCUCAUUAGAAAUAGCUAAUUGCUUUCUCGUCUGUGUGGUGUACGUUUACGAGUAUGCUGCUGUAGCUGGCAGAUAAUGUAUGUCUGUUAUGUUUUUCCUUUGUCUCGAUUUCUAUAGUCAAGUCGGACGAUGGCUUUUUUAGAAUGAGAACCAGACUUAGUGUCUGCUAAAACAAACAAGUACGCAUCCCCUUCCCUGAAACUUGAUGAACAGCAGAAAGGGACGGUUUGACUUUUCUUUUUGUCCCUUUUGCGAAUUCUUGGUUGACACUUUCGGUUAAAAAUAGCUUAAUUACAAUGGUUGGAAGGCAGAACUACAACUUACCCUACUUUUUAACGAUUGAAUUGAAACAGGAAAUCUACACAAUCAAAUAGAUAACAAUGACGUUUUUAUUACUGUUGCUUUUUAGUUAACUCUCUUAUUUUCUACUCGCAUGACAUCAUUGCCUCUUCUCAUUGACACAUUGGGCUUUGUCUUACCAAGCGGUUAACAACCAUAGCUUUAAAAACAAAGGCAAAAUAUAGAAUUCUAAGGAACGACAAAACUGUCGGCCGCGGUACGCACUCAUAAUUUGUUAUAACGAAGUCAGAGAUGGCGUUCACGGAAAAUACGUGUAGAGGCGCGAUGAACACGACUAUUUCUCCACGUCGGAUCACGACAGUGCUACAUUUGGGCAUGUAGCCAAAGUGGAUUUGGUUGCAUACAGAAAGCACGUUCGUCGGAUGAAUUGAAGACCCCAGUAAGCUUCUAGUGGCUUUGCUGAGCAGUAACGCCGAUGUUGCUCGAUUUUCGAGGCUGACAAUACAAAGCAGUUGGUGUAACAUUCCCCAGCAUCAAAAUCUUUCGAGUGCUGCUACCAUGUUUUCCUUCUUCCGUAAAAAAAGCGCCAGCAAAGAUUCAAAAUCAGAGCAGCAGCCGCCUGAUGCGAAGGAAGAUGAAGAAGACAAGAAAAUGGCAGAGAGUAACAAGAAGAGGACCAAAAACGACAAGAAGACGAGUAAAGAUAAAAAAGGCUCAUUCAAAUCUGAAACAGAGCCAGUCAUUGUUUCCAGCGACAGCUCCUCAACGUCCAGCAUCGUCAGUCACAAAGCCGCGGAUAAUAUCCCGCUGAUUGCUUUGAUUGCUGAAGAAAAUAGUCCUCUAACGCCUCCGUUAGUUGGCACUGUUGAUCAUGUCCAAGUUGUCGAACUUCCGUUACCAUCGGACGCUUCUUUUCUCUUACAAGAAGAACCGCCCGAUGAAUUUUGUGAAGCCCAAGAAGUCAUACUACCGGAACUAUCAAUUCCGCUAUUACCGAUCACGCUGACUCAACCUAGUCAGUUAGUUCCCACGGAUGCUUCGGUAUUAUCCGAAACAACGAGCAGGCUGGCAAAAGAUUUACCGGAGCAGAGUACAAAGGAUAAACAACCUCGUCGCGUUUCCUUCAAUUGUAAAGAUAUUGUUAUUUCCGAUCCUGGUGACGUCAGUCUGACAGACUCAGCCGUACCGGAUGCGACGCAUGUGUUACCGAUAACGAUAACACAAAGAGAUUUAGACGAAGCUGCUCAGUCUCCAUUUUUAUCCGAGGAAGCAUCACCUCUACAUGAAAUAUCAAUCGUCCAACAGGACGGUAAAAUGUCAACGCUAGAAGAAGACCAAAAAGAGUUGAUCCACGCCAUGAAAGAGCAAAUACAUCGGUUGGAAAUGGAGCUGAGAGAGAAGACCGAAAGAGUGGAACAAUUGGAAGCUAUACUGGCCGACGAAGAACGACAGGUUCAACUAGAAGUAAUAGAACGUUUGGAAGCUGAUUGGAACAAGGAGCGUGAACUGAUUGACAACGAACGAGAAGAAGAACUGCGGCUUUUGCAAGAGGCUUUAGAAGAAGCUCUCGAAGAGAAAGCUGAAAUCGAGUCUAAAAUGUUGCGAGACGCUUCAAGGGAAUCGCAGCUUUUGGACGAUUUCGAAUGGAAGCUCGGAGAGAUCGAGAGAGAAUACAAAAAGAAACUAGUCGAAACGGAGAAAUCCGCCGAAGAACGGUUCAAAAACGAGAUGGCUAUGGAGUACCAGAAGCUCGUAGAAGACAAACGGGACAUAGAUGAGAAACUAACAGAAAUUGCUCAUCUCAAGAGUUACGAAGCUGAAGUGACUCAAUUGCGAGGUCUGGUAUUCGAACAGCAGAGGGUCAUUAGGACGGCAGCCCGUCAAGUUGACCAUUUAAAAGAAACGGAAAAAAUCCUUGAAGACGACCUACACAGAAUUCGCAUGCAGGGCUGCACACGUAAGCAGCAACAGGAGAUGGAGGCCAAAUGGAAAGAAAAUUCUUUGACUGAGUACAAUCGCUUGCGAGCUGAACUGGUGGCCUCCAACGAGGAAGAAAUGCUAAAAGCCAUCCGUCAGGUAGUUCGCGAGAAGGACGACCAAAUCGCCGCCAUUAAGAAGCAACUGGACACCCAGCAAUUAGCGAUGAACCAUCAAAUCGCAGAGCUUAAAAAUUCGUUCCAGCAACGUGAAGCCAAAUUGAAUAAACAGGUGGAAGCAACUCGAGCUGAAGCGGACCGAGAAUUGUGUGAAUUGAGAAGACAGUUGAACAAAGUUCAAGACUCGCAUAUCGAAUUCAUGGAACAAGUGGAACAAAAGCACGCCGAAGAAUUAGAACAGCGUGGAUCAUCCAAUGAAGAAAGUAAAGAAGCCUUGGAACAAUCGUAUGAAGAGAAACUGCAGUCGAUCGAAAUUCAACAUCAAAGCCAAUUGAACGCCCUUCAAAGCCUGAUUGAGGAGGAAAAGCAAGAGGCAUUGACUCAACUAGGAGAGCAUUAUCAAACUCAACUGCAAUCGCUACAAGAGCACAUUUCUGACCUUCAGAGGCGACUCACCGACGCGAGCAAAAUGUCAUCCCAAAGGCAACAGGAGCUUGACAGAUUGCAAGAGCUGGUUUUGCGACAAGAGGAACAGUUGGAUCUUUUACAACAACGUUCGGAAGAUCGAACUGAAUCCAACAGGGAAACGUCGAGUUCUCGACGACGUGGCAGCGAUGAUGAAAGCACUGCCAGCACAACUGAGAGCAGCGACGAAGAAGAUUACGAUGAAUCCACACCACCCAACGGUCGAGGUGCAGGUGACGGAUGUUCGCCAUCGACAAGCGCUGCAGCCAGUCAAGAUAAUUUGAGACCUUGUCCCGAUCUGGACGCCGGUAUUCUUUCUUCCACGCGUACCGCGGUGGCUACUCACCACGUAGACUCGUCGGAAGAAUGUCUGUCGAUAAAAAUCGAGCAGUUCGAACAGAUGCAAUCGACAAUGAUGUGCUGCGACGAUCCCGAACACGCCGAAGCGCAACAAAUGAUUUUAGAGAUGCAUCAAGUUCUGGCCGACCGUGACGCCGAACUGCAAAGAUUGACGGAAGAGAAACGAUUCUACCAGUUGGAACUGAUCCAUUGGGAGAGAAAUUUAGCACUUCAAAGGGUCGGCCUCCCUUUGGCACUGGUACCCGACAGGCUCUCCACCGAGUUCGAGUUGAAUCCGUGGAGGGGUUUCUCGGCUCCGCCAGUGACCAAGCCGCGCCUACCCGAUCCUUUGCGAUAUCCGUCAGCGACAGCUUUCGGUGGCAGUCGAGCCGCUUCUUACGAGCUGUUCACUCCCAGCGCCACCAGUCUCAGUCCAGAUAAUCAAUGUGGGCGGCAGUUAUUUCCGGCUCAACACUCAUCCGCUUUGUUGACUACCGAAGAGUGGAUGUCGGAAGGCGGGCUCGUGCCACCAGAUGUGCGUCAACUGCACUGGCCACCCCAGCAGGGCAGUCAUUUCUACUACAGCGACGACGAGGAUGACGACAGUAACAACAACGGAUUCACUACCCCGUUGUAGGGGGGCACAUAGAUUCUCCGCUCUGUCAACGAAUGCUGUCUGUCUAUUUGUUUUGUCGAAUGACUCCGACCUUUUCAGCCUUCAUUUGUAUCCUUAUUUUUCUUAGUCUCUGAUUGACGAAUAUUUUUGUCACUGCAAAACGAAAGAAAGAAUUGCCUUGCAAUGUUUCGGUCAGCAUCUAUUGAUACAAAUACUCCUGUAUAAAGGAUAUAGGUCUUCAAAUGUAAUAAUUGGAUCAGUUAUCUAUACCAAAGGUUUAUAUAUAUAUAUACAGUACUGUAUAAUACACAAGUCUGCUAUUA